GUAGAUAAAAUAUUGCAUUAUUGAUAUGUACGUAAAUGUACGUUUCAUUGAUGGAAGAGCCAAUGCUCAGUAAAUCUGUAGAGGUGAUAUGCUCAGCGGUGUUUACUGACUGAUAUUAAACGACAAUGGUUUUCUCAAGAAAUAAAGGAAAUAAUAUUCAGUGGAUAAGAUGUCCAGAGACGAGAUAUAUCCAGACACUAUGUAGAAUACAAAUCAAUGGACGAAUAUACAACCAGAAGUAUCCAUGGCAACCGUCAAAGAGAAUACAAUUUUGAGCAAAGAUCCAUAGAAAUCAACAACAUCCGGUCGACUAACCAAAGGCAGAUCGCCGUUAAAGAACGACACAGUACAAAAAAGGCAGAGUCUAGAGCAGGCAUUGAAAGUAGAGGGAAGUCGAAUGAAUACAAGGUCGCAUCCGGACCUAAGUAUGAAGAAAAACAAAACUUUCAAAACCACAAAGGUCGCUCAACGUCUUUACCCAGAGAAAGGGACAAACUUAAAUAUGAAAAUUCAAAAUCCUUGUCCAGAGAAGAAAUCAGUGGACGUAAAACACCCAAGCAAUUGCACGUCAAAACUAAGGAUGAUGUUUCUCCUAGAAACGUCAACGAAAGCACAAGAAUCUCUUCGGGGAAAAGAUCGACGUCUUCCAGAAAUAGACACCGGUCGGAAGGUGACGCACAAUCAAAGUUUACAAGAAGUAAAUCAGAUUUAUCAUAUCAAAAAUCCAAGCAAUCACAUUCAACCAGUGAAUACUCACCGAUAUCGUCAGACGAAUCUCAAAUCAUGCAUACAGAUACCACCAGAUUGGUUUCUAAAAGAAAAACAAAAUCCAUGCAACAUUUUAGAACGUUUUAUGACAUGCAAAAUGUUGAAAACAAACCGUCUAUCAGAAAGUUUUCCCGCCACCAGAAAUAUUUUUACUCGGAUGAAGAUAGCAGUGAAGCGUCUAUACCUCUCAGGACAGGUUUCAAGAACGGUAGUCACGCUUCUUGUGUUCGCAAUGGUGUGUCCGCAGAUACAACUGUGGAUAUGGAUGGAUCCUGUGACUAUUCAUUCCAAGCAUUGGAAGGAUAUAGUAAACACGGUCUAAAACAUGGUUUUCCUAGUGCCCCUUAUAAACGUAUAAAACAAAUGAAUCAUAAAAAUAUAUGUGUGGCUGUUCUAGGAUCUCUGUUUUUUAGUAUUGGUGCUUUUCUUUUAUUUUGCCCCACGGCAGCUUUGUUAAUUGUGAUAUUUCCUGUCUCUUUCCUAAUCAAAACGUCCCUGUUUUCGUGUGGUUGUACUUGUAAUACUUGUUGUGAAUGUGGUAUUAAGUUGUCCAGGAAGGAGCGAGCUUGGCAGGACAGUCUAAAUGACAGUACAACAAUAUACCAAGCAUUGUUAAUAAUCGAAUUCGGUCUUGAUCUUCAUCGUAUACGAGAUUUAAUAACUGCAAGACUUAUAUGCGCAGAAGAUAAAUUAAAGAGAAAAUUAUACCCGAAAUUUACCAAAAAGCUUGCUCCAUCUUGUGCAGGAAUGGUGUGGAUUCCAGAUCAUAGCUUUACAAUCAACAACCAUGUAUAUUCUUCUCCUUGUCGAGUAGAGAAUCAAGAGGAUUUACUUGAAUUCGUUUCUGAAUCGUCAUCCAAACCACUUUCGCUAAACUCACCACUGUGGGAAAUACAAGUGGUGAAAAACUACGGGGAUCAUAAAGACACAAUCCUGCUAGUACGUGUACAUCCUAUUUUGUCAGAUGGAAUAUCUCUUGCUCAUUGCGUCUUAGCUUCAUUGACUGAUUUGGAUUCGAUUACAUACUCAGUGCCAAAAUAUUCUACGCGUGGGAAAUUUUACAAAGCUGUAAAAUCAUUCUUCUGUGGCCCACUUAUUUUCCUAAAGGAGUGUUUAUUUGCAAAAUCGGACUUUAAUUUACUCCAUGGGCGGCACACGAUUCGCUCAAGUAAAAGAGUUGUAUCAUGGUCGGAACCAUUUCUGUUAGAAAAUGCUCGUAGAAUUUGCCAAGUAACUCGGUCUUCUUUAAAUGAGGUUCUUGUCUCCGUGGCUGCGGGAUCUUUGAGGUCCUAUCUCCAACUGAACGGAGUAGAGAACCCUUAUAACAUGCACAGCCUCAUUCCAGUACAUUAUCGGUCAGGUUUUUCAGAAUACUCAAUCGACAAUAAUCAAAAUACAUUUUUGGUGAUUCCGAUCCCGACAAAUAUUGAAGGUGCUAUUCCAAGGUUAUGGAAAAUGAAGUCUUUCAUGAAGGAGGUGAAUCAUAAUGCAUUGUUCUCAGUCAUUAGAUGGAUCAGAUUUGUGACCCUAUAUACCCUCCCAAGUAUUCUUUACAAUCGUCUUUGGAAACGUGUUCGGAAUAAAUGCACGUGUAUCAUUUCCAAUCUCCCUGGGCCCGAAGGUCCAAUACGAUUUGGGUCAAGACUGAUCAAGGAAUUGGUGGUUUGGAACCCACCACUAGAUGAUGUGUGUGUUUCAAUAAAUUUCAUCUCAUUUGAUGAUCAUAUAAAGAUGACAGUCAUGUCGGAUCCCUUGGUUUUACCCAAUCCAGAGCUUAUCACAAAACACUUUACCUAUCAGAUGUCUUGCAUUGCUGAACUUUUGGCCAAUCGGAGAAUUCCUGGAGAUCAGGUGACCAAACGAACUGAGCCAGUUGAGUUGGACUCUGAAAUCCACGCAGAACCAACAGUGGAACAGAUUCAACAUAAGAUGUCGCUUAUUCAACAAGAGCUUCAAGAUCUGAAAAUUCAGUUAGAAUCUGAGGGAAAACACAAACAUGUAGCAGGCGAAACCAAAAUUAUCAGGAAAAUUGACUUUCUUAAGGAACAGUUCAGGGAACUGCUUGUGGAGUCACGUCAGCGCCGAGCAGCGGAACAGGAAAACGCAAUGAUACUUUCCGAGGAUGAUCCGGAUGAAGAUUUUGAUGAGGAUGGAGAACCAAAACGACCAUUUCGCCGAAGGACAUUAUCUAUAAGCUCCCGGAUGUCUCGUCUUUCAACGGUGUCACAGUCCUCAACAGUUCGCCCUCUAGCGGCCAAUCCUACAGUUCAAUUCGAUCUCAGUUCGGAGAUAGAUUCCGAAUCAGAAGCCUCCUUCAGAAUGGAUGGAAUUUCACAGAUCGGAAGACAGCACAGAAGACAGUUGUCGGAGCAACCCAAACAGUUUGAAAUCUUGGAAUAUGCUUCCUCGCCUUCAGUAGAGAGGAAAAUGAGGACGUUUUGAAACACUCAGUUGAUCAAGCGUGACGGGAUUCUAUUUAUAGCACCUUCUGUUCGUAGAAUUGUGAUUCCUAAGACAUUAUCCUAUACAUCAUGUAGAAUAGGGUUUUCGUAGGUAAAUGUGUACAGACGUUCAUGUGCUCAACACCACAAUUAUACUCCAAGAUCUAAAAGUUUUAUUUUCUUGAAGUAACCAUGGUAACAAUUCAAUAAUCUUUCUAGAUAAGUAAAUAUACUGUAGCAUCAUUUGUAACUUAAAGAUAAAUAACACAAACUUUUUUCAGAAAUCAGCAAAUUUUUCUCAUAGAUUUCUAUUUAGAUAGGUUGUCUGAAUAAUGUUUGCCAGAUAAAGUGGGGGAAUUUAUAGUAAGAUUUUGUCACAAUGUUAAAAAUGGGUGCAAAAAUGUGUAUAGAAUUACAUAGAAACGAAACAGAGUCGCAUAUUUAAGCAUCAAUUUAAACAAAACUUACAAUUUCUUAAUAUUUUAGGGAUUUGUUAUUUAUGUCAUUUUCUUUCAAAAUCAGUCAAAAAAUAUAUAUAUAUCAAUCCAUGCAUCAAAUUUUUGUUUGUGUUAUGUAUCCUUAAUCGAUGAAUGUUAGUAAUUUAACUGAGGGAAAAAUAUCAAUUGAUAGGAUGAUUAAAACUCAAUUUAUAACAUUUUUUUUUUAAUUUUGAGGGUAGAAAUAUAAAAUAUAUAUAGAGUUACUGGUUUGUUACAAAGCACAAGAGUGUAUGUCAUUGUCUGUAAUUUGAUGUACGAUGUAUUUGUAUUUUACAAAAGAAACUUCAUUUCUGAUCAGACAGUCUACAACUGUCUUCUACUAAGAAGUAUAUUUUAUUAUGUACCUGACAAUCUAAGUAAAUGAUAUAAAGAGAAGAUUGACCAUUUAAAAAACUUCCAGAUUAUCUGCUGUGGAAAGUGCAAUAAAUUCUCUCUGAUGA